AUGAGAUGUGUGAGUUCGCAAAAAAACUUCUAUGAAGAGCAAUUUUCUGCUCAUGUUGACACUGGCUCGGCAGUGGAAAUGGAAGCAGACAUUGUUGAUCAGAAAUUGGAGUAUGAAAUUCAAAAUUGUCCUCCAAAUAGUUUUCCUAUUACUGUUAGACAUAUUAGAAGUGCAAUUUCGUCAGUUAAAAAUAAAAAUUCAUCUGGUUUAGAUGGAGUAUCUAAUAAAAUGAUUAAAUUGUUACCACAAUCUCAUCUUCCACUUAUCUAUCUUUCUUUUAUUUUCUUUGCGUCGCGCCUAAUUUUUCCUACUCAUUGGUUAACAGCACGAAUUAUUUUAUUGUCUAAAACAAAAACCAACGUUGUAAAUAUCAACGAUACACGUCCUAUUUCCUUGCUUCCAUGUUUCUCUAAACUGUAUGAAAAAAUAUUCCUUAUUCACUUUCGCCAAUGGGUUCAUGAUUCUGGGAUUCUUCCCGAUGAACAAACUGGUUUUCGCCCAGGUCACAAUAUGGCUGUUCGUCUUGUUGCUAUCAUUGACCAAAUUGGUCAAAGUUUAUCUUUGAACACAGCUGCGGCCGCCCUAUAUGUCGACUUUAAAGCUGCUUUCAACCAGCUCUGGUAUAAGGGACUGUGGCUCAAGCUUGAACGUUUGGGGUGUCCUUUAUACAUGGUUGCUUGGUUACGUAAAUAUUUAUCAGGGCGAACAGCCUAUAUUGAAAUCAAGAAUUUUAAAUCAGCUACUUUUUCUCUGUUUAAGGGUGUUCCCCAAGGAUCGUGUAUAGGUCUGGUAUUAUUUAUCGUAUUUCACUUUGAUUUGUUAAAUUCAAUUUCUAAUCUUCAUUGGAAGCAUCUUUUUGCGGAUGACUUAACUGUGGUUGUCUCUUCAUCAGUACAUUGGUCGUCUAAAGUGCUUAUUCUGAAUCUUAGUAAACAUAUUACUCAGGUGCUUGAAAGCCU